AUGCAACAGUCGCCGUUCACGCCGUUCACGGCGAAGGACGAGUGCAUGGCGACGCCCGCGCCGCGCGGGACGACGCGCGAGACCCCGAGCGCGACGUCGAUGCGGACGCCGUCCGUGUUCGCGACGCCCGCGUGCGGCCGACUCGCGGUGACGCCGCAACCGCGGUCGUUUCACCAUCAUCAACGACAUCAUUCGAAGGCGUUCGCGAUGGGCCCGCCGCCGCCGCACGGCGUCGGCGGGAGCGCGAACGCGGACUGGCACGCGCAGUGGCACACGCCGAUGCCCGCCGACGCGGCCUUCGCGGCGGCGAUGCCGCCGAGCGCGGGGCGCGUCGUCGCGGCGCGGAUACCGACGCACGACGGUCGAGCGCCGAGGCGAGGCGCGCAGCCGAGAGCCGCCGCGGGCGAGGGCGCCGGAGCGCACGCCGCGGGGGGUCCCUUACGGUCGAUCGACGAGGACGCGAAAAUGAACGACGACGCGGCGUCGUCGCCGACGAAACGCCAGCUGUUCGAUGAGCUCGUCAUGCGCCGCCGCGACGAACAGGAGUGCUCGGACGACGACGACGACGACGACGGCGGCGCGAGAGGACGACGGCGCGGCGGCGGCCGCGCGGCGCCGGCGAACGUCCCGCCGCCGCCGCCGCAGAAACGACGCGCGUCGCGGCCGCUGCCGCCGCCGUUCGGGCGUCUUCACGACGACGACGAUUACGACUCGGAGGAGGAGGAGGAAGACGGCGUGUCCCCGGACUCGGUGCUGACGUGCUGCGAUGGAAAGGCGGCGACGGCGACGAAGGCGACUCCUCCGAGUCGGUCCCCGUACAAAGCCGCGCGCGGGAUGCACAUCGCGAUGAACAGCCCGGGGAAGCAGAAGCGCAUGGAGGAGGAGAUCGCGCGGAUGCACCGCGCGACGCAGCGAAGAGCCGCGAGGGAGAGUUUCGGGAUCAACAACACCAACAAUUCGACGAGGUUCACGCGCGCGGCGGGACCGCAGCCGGCGGCGGCGGCUUCCGCGGCGGCGAUCAUCCCUUCCCCCGUUUCCGACGCGGUUCCGACGCGGAGACCCGCGCACCAGGACGCGGAGAUGAUGGACGUCUCAUCAGCCGUGAGCGCUGCGACCCCGAGGGUGCGCGAGGGCGACCCGGACGUCCCGAACAAGCCCGCGGUGAGUCGCACCGCGAGCCGCGUCGAGGUGAUGUUGCGCGAGCCCCGGGGGAGCCCCGGAGAGAUGGGCGUCGCCGCGAAGCUCGAGCUUCGGUUCGCGACGUUGGGCGUGAGCGUCGGCGGCGGCGAUGGCGGGGGCGAGGGCGGCGGGGAGGGGGCGGGGUGCGUCACUUUCGGCGCGAGGCGGGCGUUUUCGUUCACGACGCCGCCGAGGGUGCGGAAAACGCGGGAGGGGACGACGGGGGACGAGGACGACGACGCGCGAGGCCGCGGGUGCCGAAAGUGA